AUGGCACAAAGGUCCUUAAACUCUUUCUUUCAAAAACUGCCUAAAUCAGAUGCUACUUCAUCCAGCAACGAGCCAACUCCGUUAUCUAUAUCUAUUGAAAGCACAACGACGUUAACUGCAAAACCUGUAAAUGAACAAACUGGCGGUGCAGAAAAGCAUAUUUGCGAAGAAAGACCAUUAAGAAYCAUUAAGACCAUUGAGAAUCCAAACCAGCCAUCAAGUAACUACAAAUUCCCCAAAACAAAGUUUGGCGGCCAAGACCGUUCAGCACAAUGCUCGUGGUUUAACCAAUACCCAUGGUUACAUUACAACCAAAGUGAARAUUCACUUUAUUGCUACAUUUGCGCUAAUCAAUAUCACAAAGGUAACUUAAAAUGUAGUGCAAACAUUGAUCAGGCAUUCAYGACAAGAGGUUUUUCAAAUUGGAAAAAGGCAUUAUCGAAAUUUAAAACUCAUCAAGCUUCACAGUGUCACACUACAUCUGUAGAACUUGAACUCGUUAUUCCAAAGACAAACCAUGAUAUUAUAGAUUGGAACAAUAAAAACUCUCAAAAAGUUAGAGAAGAGAAUCGACGUUGCUUAGCCAUUAUAAUAGAGUCGUUGCAAUACCUGACAAGACARGRAAUACCAAUAAGAGGUCACAAUGACAGUGACUCAAACUUUCUUCAACUUCUAAAACUCCGGGCUAGAGAUGUUAGUGCCUUGGAUAGCUGGAUAAAGAACAGAACAAAAAACUACUUAAGCCACGCAGUUCAAAAUKAACUGUUGCAACUCAUGUCGGCCCAAGUACUUCGAGAUUUAAUUCAGGACAUCGGAAACAACUACUUCUCCAUAAUCUGUGAUGAGUAUACAGAUAUCAGCAAUAAAGAACAAUUAACUGUUUGUCUUCGAUGGGUUGACGACGACAUGAAUGCUUAUGAAGACUUCCUUGGAUUUUAUCAAAUCCCGGACAUAAGUGCAAAUACAAUAACGUCAGUUAUUAAGGAUAGUCUCUAG